AUGACCGUCCUGGAGACUGCUGAAUCCAGAUCGCCUAAUAUGGAAGUUUCCGAGAAAAGGCAGUCGUUGUCUGAUAUAUUCACAAUCAUCUGUGCUGGGGCGGCGCUUAUUUCGGACGGCUACCAGAACAACCUGAUGACUAUGACGAACGUCUUGUUCAGAAAGGAGUACCCAAAGGUGUAUGUGUCCUCGGUCAGCACGCAGGUGUCCAAUGCCCUUCUUGUUGGAGAAAUUCUAGGUCAGAUCAUCGUCGGGCUCACUUGCGACUACAUGGGUCGCAAGACAGCCAUCAUUGUCACGACUUUGAUGAUCGUCUUUGGGGGGAUCUUGGCAACUGCGUCUCAUGGAGUGACGACGUUGGGAAUGUUCUGGAUGCUCACCAUUUCGCGUGGUAUUGUCGGCUUUGGGACGGGAGGGGAGUACCCAGCUUCAAGCACGUCAGCUUCGGAGGCGGCCAACGAGCAUACGCUGAAACGGCGUGGUCCCAUCUUUAUCAUGGUGACCAACCUGCCCUUGUCGUUCGGGGGCCCGUUUGCGAUUAUCGUGUUCCUGAUCGUGCUCUCAGCUGCCGGCACCGACCACUUGUCGACGGUGUGGCGGGUCUGUAUGGGAAUCGGUGUCAUUUUUCCGCUGUCGGUGUUCUACUUUCGCCUGAAAAUGCUAAACUCGAAGCUGUAUCGCCAUGGAGCCAUCAAAAAGAGGGUUCCGUAUCUUCUCGUCCUGCGAUACUACUGGAAGUCGCUGAUCGGCACAUGUGGCGCCUGGUUUCUAUACGACUUUGUCACCUUCCCCAACGGCGUCUUCUCUGGUGUGAUCAUCUCCUCCGUGGUCCCCAAAACUGGAAACACAAUUCUCCACACGGCAGAAUGGAACCUACUUCUGGGCAUAAUAGCUCUGCCAGGCGUCUUUGUUGGUGCCUACCUAUGUGACCGCCUCGGACGCAAGAACGUCAUGAUGCUGGGGUUCAGCGGCUACCUUAUCUUUGGACUCAUCAUCGGGUGUGCCUAUGAGAAAAUCACAAAAAUCGUCCCGCUUUUUAUCAUCUUUUACGGUAUGAUGCAAUCGUUUGGAAACUUGGGUCCCGGAAACAUGCUCGGUCUUCUGUCCUCGGAAUGUUAUGCAACGGCCGUGAGAGGUACAUGUUAUGGCAUCAGUGCAGCUCUUGGGAAGACGGGUGCUGCCGUGGGAACCGAGGCUUUCACGCCCAUACAAACUCAUAUUGGCAAGCGGUGGACUUUUAUUAUCGCAGCUAUUUGUGGUGUUGCGGGCAUUUUGGUGACGUAUAUCUUUGUACCUGACAUCAAGGGGGAUGAUUUGGCCGUCAGAGACGAGCAGUUUCGAGAGUAUCUCGCCUCUCGUGGGUGGGACGGUGAGAUGGGUGAGGGCGACCUCAAGGCUCAAUCUACGGUAGAAAGAUAG